AGGAGAAGUAAUUCACCAAGAAUAGAAUAAAGUUGCAAGCAUAGAAUCAAUCACAGCCCAACUCCACAGCUUUCUCUGCUUAUGAGCCAUUUCCUUUCCAUCUCUGCAUAACCCCAAAAGAUAUUCUCCUCUGAGUCUUCUCAUCUCUCUGCUUGUGCUCUUUUCCCAUUUCCAUCCUACGCCAUUAAUGAAACAGAAAUUCUCUUCUGUGCAAUCAAGAACAUUAAAAGAAAAAAAGGAAAAAAGGAGAGACGAAAUGAACUGCUUCAGACCCAGAAGAACCAAAACCUCCCCUUCCGCAAAGCUCCCCUCAUAUGGUGAAUUAGCUCCUCCUCCUCCUCUAUGUGCAGAAAACUCAGGGCCCAGAAAUAUGAUAGAGCCUGCAUCUGAAUUGUAUCCUCUCGGAACAUAUCCCAUAAACCCGGAGCUCAAUAAUCAGAAACAUCUUGUUCUGCUACAAAUCCCAGGAUGCACCCUCUAUUUGAUUGAAACAGGGGAAGCUGUGGAACUGGCCAGAGGUGAUUUUAAGUUUAUCAGGCUCUCAGAAAAUGAUGUGCUUCUUGCCAACAUAAUCCAAAUUGGAGAUGAUCUUCUGUGGCCUUUGACGAAGGAUGAACCAGUAGUGAAGGUUGAUUCUCACCAUUAUUUGUUCUCAUUGCUGAUGGAUCAGAAAGAUGGUGAGCCUUUGAGCUAUGGGGUGUCUUUCUCUGGGGAGAGUGGUGGGAGUUUGAGCUCUCUGGAUUCACUUCUGAAGGAGCACUGUUGCUUUUCCAUUUCCAGUUCGUCAACUGAAGACAGGGGUCUUGACUGGAGGGAGUUUGCUCCCAGGAUUGAAGCUUACAAUGGGGUUCUGGCCAAGGCAAUUGCAGAAGGCACUGGUCAGAUUGUUAAGGGGAUUUUCAUGUGCAGCAAUCUUUAUGCCAAGCAGGUUAAUAAAGGAGGAGAGACGAUUCUUUCUCGUCAUGGGGAGAAGAGAUAUGGCGUUCCCGCAACAGCAAGUUUCAACAGCAGAAAUCUAGCAGCCCCAAAUAAGACCAUGCUCAAUAAAAGCUUGAAACGUGCGAGAAAGUUGUCCAAGAUGACAGAGAAGCUAAGCAAAUCAAUGCUGGAUGGUGUUUGUGGUGCUAGUGGAGCAAUUAUGGCACCUGUGGUUCAAUCUAAGGCAGGGAAGAAAUUCCUAGCCAUGGUCCCUGGGGAGGUUCUCUUGGCUUCCCUGGAUGCUGUCAACCAGGUUCUGGAUGCUCUUGAAGCUGCAGAAAAACAAGCUUUCACGGCUACCUCAGGAGCUGCAACUAGAAUGGUCUCCAAUAGGUUUGGGGAAAGCGCGGGGGAGACGACCGAUCAUGUGCUAGCAACUGCAGGGAACUUUGCAUCCACAGCCUGGAAUAUCUCUAAGAUCCGGAAGGUCAUGACUCCGAAAUCUUCUGUUUCUUCGGGAAUCAAAAAUGCUGCUAAGAAUAGAAAAGUUUGAGAGCCCAUAAGCUGCUUUGAUUUGGUACAACAAAACUUGGACAACAUAAAUGUAAUCUAUUUAUGGUAGAGUCUUUCUAUGUAAGCAAGGUCCCUCGUAAUCUUCAUUAAUAAAAAAUAUAAAAAUAGUAAAUUUUCAGAAA